ACACACACACACACACACACACACUCAGGGACACAAAAUAUCUAAUUCUACUCACAGAUGCAUGCAGAGGGAGUUAAACUUGAAUAAGUAGUUUGAGAUGUAGGCCUAUCUGUGCAAUAUCCAUCUGUGCAAUAUCCAUCAACAUCCACCAGAAAGUAAACCUCCAACAUCCACCUAAAAUAAAUGUGACACUCGUGAAUCCGCCUCUCAUCUAUGCUCAUGGGUGUAUCUCCCAAAGUGCAUCUAACAUGUCUUUCAGGUCCCGUCUUUAAUAGGUCCAUGGUCCGAGGGUGGUUUCAAAUAAAACCAGACCUAUGCGGUUUUGCGUUAGGAUUCGUGUGGACGCCUGAAGCAACGUUAGAGUUGUGUUGAAAGUUACAGGUUUUUUUUUAAAUUAUUUUUGUAGCUUUGAAUACAGCCCCUUGGUCAAUUUAAUUACUAACUCUACAUUAAAAAGUAUUUCAACUCAAUCUAAAAGGUUAAACAACUACUUUCUCCUCCUAAACUUGAAUGUUUUUAUACACCCCGCAGGCUGGAUGCGCGCAGGCUUGAUGCGCUCCACUUUUUUUUGUGGAGAACCAGCGCCUUGAAUAUGUAGGUACUACAGCGUUUGUACAGCUCAUUGCGUUUCCCCAAUGAGUCCGUCUAUACGGAGAUAUUCCUGAAACGCAUUAAAGGAAAACGGAGGGGGAAAGAUCGUUUUCGCCUUGUUACUUAGGCUACUUGGUUGCUAUUUAAGGGGCGCCCCAGUGUCUCCGCUCGGACGUCCCUUAGAGAGAGCAUGGCCACUUCCAAAACCUCUCUCUCGCCACACAUCAUCCGAAAUGCCCUAUGAAUGGUUAUGCAACCUAAUCCCACCAUAAGAUGGUCAAGGUUGACCGGGACCUCUCGGCAGCAGACCGAUUCAAUGGCAGUGUCCAUGCUCCGGCAGCACCCACACGCACACCAGUCACAUCGAGAGCUGGAAUCUGAAAUUGAUGCCUCUCCACCGGGUGGUAGUCGGGCAUUACUGGCAUGUACCUCACAGGCUCAAACGCGUUACCAGCCAUAUUAAAAUCACUAUUUUCCACGGUGGAGUGUAGAAGACAUUUGCGUGUCUGCAGCAACGACCUAGUCCUACCAUGCCAGUGACGUCAUCGGCGCUCUAAUACUUAAAGACACAUUUUCUUUUGUUGCUAAAAAAAAAGCUAUAUAUUGAUUUAAAAAAAAAAAUGUAGUGUCUUUUUUUUAUAAUGGUCAUAUCUAACACGUUAUCGAUGUUAAUUAUUUCAGUUCAGUUCAUCUUUAAAGUGUUGACAUUUUCAGAUACAUCGACAUAGCUUCGAGUUUUCCUGUUGCCUCGACACAAAACAACAUGUGAUGGAUAAUCCAAGAAAACGCUCACGAGUAUGGGAGAAGUUUGAGUUUAUUGCUAAUAAUCUUAAAUACGACUCGCACUGAUCGUUGUAGGCCUAACUGCAAUAAUAGAGCAUCGCCUAACUAUGACGUGAAUUAAAUUGUGGGAAUCGAACCCCGGACGUCUGCAGGAUUGGUGCCACGAUACCAUUCCUCCAACUAUAAGUCUGUUUUUGGAAUAACUAUACUACACUAUAUUAUUGAAUAAUUAAUAUAAUGUCAUGUAAUUUUUUACAUUCAGUGAAUGAAUUCAUAUUCAUUGAAACACUUAGAAUGAAUAAUCUAAGUGUUUGAGGCACGAAAAGUGCUGUUUUAAAUUCAAGAGAAUGAUCACUUCUUCCUAACAGUUGAUGCUGUAUACAGAUAACGUGGUGAAAAGGGAUUAAGAUUGAUUUAAAUGACUUCUAUACUGCAGAAAAUAUGUGACAAAAAUAAUUCAGCUCACUUACAAAACGGCUGAGGCCACUAGAGGCCUGUGUGUGAGGGCAAUAGACUCUUAUUAGCCUACCGUAAAUUCACAAAAUCCCAAGAACGUACAAACGGUAAUGUAAAGAAGGCCUUAACUCAUUUCAUUUUCCAACAUAUAUACUUAUUGGCAUUAUAAGCUAUAACUAGUAUGUGCAUGAGUUUCAGUGAUUUUGGAGUAGGCCUAAUUAAGUUGCACAUGGCUGCAAGGGCUGGAUGUGUCCGAGUCAACGUGGGAAUGCGGUGGUUAUGAAUGUUAUGCUGAUGAUAUACAACCUCCUUUAUUCUGUCCAGGUUAGGAACCCCCAGUGGAAACUAUUUUAAGCAUAAAUAAAACUUGGGGAAACGCAAGAUGUCUGAUUGCAGCAUGGUCUCAAGUUCCCUGUGAUCCCGUCCAUAAUACGGUCAUGGCUGUGAGGGGUCAAAGCAAAACAGGCUGCAAUAGAUUUACAUCAAGUUGAAAAUCUAUUUAUUGUUGUCCCAUCACCUCUCUAGAAACUUGGAACACGAUGGAGCUUGAAGAAGAGAACAUAAACGCCAGGUUAAAAACAAGCACACAAAAAUACAAAUAUGGCGGAUUUAUUAAUGAGUUAGUAUGUUGUAUCAUGAUAAAUAUCCUAAUGAAUUAAUCAAAGAAAAACUUGUUUUUAUUAGAAGGCAAUGCAGGCCACUACUUAGCAUUUUUGUGAAACCAAGACUCAUGUUGGCAACUACAUAAUCCCACGUGAGAUGUAAUCCUCUACGGCUAGAAACAAACAGGCUGCUAAGAAUUGGUAAUAAGGGUGAAGGUUCUAAUCCCUCACUUAAAACCCCCUCCCAAGCUCCUCUACCAAGUCCCUGGAAUUCUGCAACAGGUUUUAGGGUGAAGUGGCAGAAUAGUUUUUUUUUGGUAUUAUUUUUGGUAUUAUUAAUAUUGAAACUCAAACCUAGCUACGUGAAUUCGACUGAGUAUAGUAUUACUGGGAACAUUGUUAUUUUAUUUAAUCGACAAAAGCGAUUCACUUUGUAGUUCAUUAAAAUGGGACUAGAUUCUUUGGUUAACGCUUCAGAUGAAGUCAUACCUUAUGGGGGGAAGAGUGCUUUCACACAGCUGGAGCAUAAUAUUGUGGCCAGCUACCUCAUCACUGCAGGCAUUGUCAGUUUAGCCAGCAACAUUGUGGUGCUGCUAAUGUUUGUGAAAUAUAAGGAGCUCCGUACAGCCACCAAUGCCAUCAUCAUAAACCUGGCAUUUACUGACAUCGGUGUGGCUGCCAUCGGUUAUCCAUUAUCUGCUGCCUCCGAUCUCCAUGGCAGCUGGAAAUUUGGAUACACUGGAUGUCAAAUCUAUGCAGCACUCAACAUCUUCUUUGGCAUGGCCAGUAUCGGUCUGCUGACUGUGGUCGCCAUUGACCGAUAUCUCAGCAUAUGUAGACCUGACAUAGGCCAGAAAAUGACUGUUCGUUCAUACACACUGUUGAUUCUAGCAGCCUGGCUCAAUGCUGUGUUCUGGUCGUCCAUGCCCAUCGUUGGCUGGUCGGGCUAUGCCCCUGACCCCACCGGAGCCACUUGCACCAUCAACUGGAGGCAGAACGAUGCCUCUUUUGUUUCUUACACAAUGGCAGUGAUAGCUGUUAACUUUGUGGUACCCCUGGGUGUCAUGUUCUACUGCUACUACAAUGUGUCCAUCACUAUGAAGAGGUUCAAAGCAAGCAACUGUCUGGAGAACCUAAACAUGGACUGGUCGGACCAGAUGGAUGUUACUAGGAUGUCAGUAGUGAUGAUUGUCAUGUUCCUGGUGGCUUGGUCUCCAUACUCCAUAGUCUGUCUGUGGGCAUCAUUUUCAGACCCAAAGAGCAUUCCUGCCGCAAUGGCCAUCAUUGCUCCACUCUUUGCAAAAUCAUCCACCUUUUACAAUCCCUGUAUUUACGUUGUUGCCAACAAAAAGUUCAGAAGAGCAAUCAUAGGAAUGCUUCGAUGUCAAACCAGGCAGCGAAUGACCAUCAACAUCGAAGUUCCAAUGACCGCCUCACAAAUACCAUUGACCCAAUAGUUGAUGUAAAACGACAUCGCUUAGUUGGGUGUCUUAGUAUCGUCUGUUGGAUAUCCUUUGAUGUUUUGAACAUUCUUUAAUUAUACACAUACUCUGCUGAUUAGAAAAAAUAUGCCAUGAAUACGAAAAACGAAAUGAUGGCAGUUUAUUUAUCUGAGAGAAUUCAAUCUUUUGUUUGUUCUGAAAUUAUUUUGUAUUGUAUAAAACAUUCAAUUAAAAAUGGACUGACUGUUAAUGGCAAUUCCCAUCAGAAUAUAGUUUUGUAGUAUGCAUACAGGAAAAC